GGAAAUAAGAAAUUUCACGUUUAUGUGGUUGGCUGCACUUCCAGUCAUUCACAUUCGGGAGUUUUAAAAUCCCAAUAUGGAUAAAAUUUUAAUAUUAUCUAUUAAAUUAUGAAACAUACUUGUUUACUUUACACAAAUUCCGAUGCCAAUAAACAUUAAUGUAAAACAUUAAUUGUUAAUGAAUAAAAUGUAACCCUAAUGAGGUUAAGCGUGGUACGUGGGAAAGUACAUACUCCGUACACAAUCGAACAAAAGCAAUGUCGGAGGCUGAAUUUGUAUAUGUACAUUCUAAAAAAUCUAAUCGAUAUAAUAGCGGAGAAAAAUAUGAGUUCAAACGUACACAAACUUUGCCACGAAAAUUAUCCCAAUGCAAUUCAAUAGAAAAAUUGGAGAAAAAUAAUUUUCGAAGAAAUCGAGAGAACGAGAGGAAAUGUUUAGAAAAGUUGAAAGCGGAAAGAGCUGCCAUCAAUGCAAAAAAAAAAUCUUGCGAAGAAGACUUGGAAGAAGAGGUAAAUAGUUUUCGAAGAAAUCGAGAAAACGAAAGGAAAUAUUUAGAAAAGUUGAAAGCGGAGAAACAGUUGGCUGCUAUCAAUGCAAAAAAAAAACCUUGCGACGACGAUUCAGAAGAGGAGAUAAACAGUAUUCGAAAGAAUCGAGAAAACGAAAGGAAAUAUAUAGAAAAGCUGAAAGCGGAAAGGCAGUUGGCUGCUAUAUGCGAAAAAAAAAAACCUUGCCACGAGUCCGAAGAAGAAGAAGAAGAAGAAGAAGAAGAAAAAGAAGAAGAAGAAGAAGAAGUUAGUAGGUCGUUGUUCUCUAAUUGUUGUAAAAAGAAGAAAUUGCCUGCAAAAAAAGUCCAGAAAAAAAGGCCAACUUUCUGGCAACGCUUCAGAGGAAAAUUUCGAAAGAGGAAGCCAGUGAAGAAAGCCACUUUCGAAGACGACGAUAAGAAAAUCAAACGGAAAAAGAAAAAAGAAAAGCCCGAGUAUGAAAGAGUAGAGAAGCCGGAGAAAGUGGACGAUGUAACUCCUGAAGCUAAGGAUGUGGAUUUCACGAAGAGCUGUUGUUAUUUAUGCGCCAAAAAUACUAUGGCGAUCGCGGCAGCACUUACUAAAGGUGAAAAAUUUCACAUAUCUAUACAAGCAUCGACGAAAGAAAUAUCAACCUCCGACAAAAGCUGCAGUCCAACUAUAUAUGUCAGAACUGUACAAUCAUCCGUUAAGGUGAGAACACGCGACAUAGGCACUUCGUUCCCUGAGAGGAAGAAAGAAAAGAAGGUAAAAAAAGCGAAGCCAAAAUUUAAAAUUCCAAAGAGGCUCCAGGCUAUAAUUCCAAAAUUAAGAUUUCCCAUGUAUCCAAAAGUACAAACGGUUGCUUGUGAAACGGAAAAAUCGAUGAUACCGCCUUGUAGGGCAAGACAAGGAGUCAACUGCGUAACGGAAGCCAAAGUGGCGAAUAUGCAAGCAAAACUGAAAGCUGAUAAACUUAAUAACCAAAACUGUACAAAUAAGAAUUUUGUAUAAAUUAUUUGAUAUAUAUAUAUAUAUAUAUAU